UCUGACAUGGGCUGUAUCAAUACUAUUUCGAAAUUUGGUUAUUACGGUGUUAGCAUCCAUGCCACUCUUCUCUUGAAUAUACAUACAUACACUCUAUACCAUUUAUCAUUCUUUUAAACAAACCGUCUCCUUACGACCUAUAAAUAAACAAGCACAUCCGCAUACCUCGAUACAAAUCAGAACGUCCUCCAACACCUAAACAGACACCUAUCGACCAUCCUAUCUACCACAUCACCACCCAGCAUGCCCGAACGCCGCAACCCCUCCAGCUCCAAUGCGCCCGCCCGCCCCUCAGUCCGACGCAACCUCUUCCCCUCACACCUCCGAACCACCCACACCGCAUCCUCAACCACAACCCCGACGCACCUCUCUCACCCCUCACAUCCUAUUGCUCCUCUCCCGCGACGUCCCACUACCUCCUCAACUAGUACAUCCGCCGAAACACUACGAUUAGAUCACGGACAUACCUACCAUUCUCACUCUAACUCCCACGAUCGCGAUUUAAAUACCAAUCCCUUUCCUCAAAAUGGUCAUGCUAGUAGAAAUGGUAGUAGGAAUCAUAGUAGUCUUUCUUUUGAUGGGACGACGGAUAUAGUCAUGCGCGAUAAAAAUGGGAAUUUUGAUAUUGCGAAUAUGAUGUUAGGAGGGGGGAUGGAUAAUGGAGGGGGAUUGUUUGGGGGUGGGGAUGAGGAUAUGAUUGGGAUUGAAGGGGAGGAGGAGAGUAAGUUUUUGGAUUUCUUUUGAGGUUUCAGUAUUGGAGGGUGCGGGAGAGAUUAGUGAAAAAAAAAAGUUUCCAUGAUCUAUGAAGAAAAAUGCUAAUACAUAUGAAAAUAGAAGAAAGACAACGUCUAAACGAAUCAAUAAAACAUCAUCAACGCGAUCGCAAUCGUGCACCGAGUGAACCUGCUGGUUAGUUCAAUACCCUAUCCGUGUUAUACGUCAUACGCACCGACUCCCUUAUUUCAACAAUCACAUUCGAAACAAAUCAAAAGUUGCGCAAACAUAAUACUAACAAACAAUUCAAUAUAUAGAAUUACUAGAAGCAGUACGCAAUAGUCUACGUGCCAAAACCGCCGCCCUCUCAGAAGAUAAUUGGAUGUUUGAAGCAGAAAAUGAAGGGGUAACUCGAUAACCAAGUUACUUCAGCUGAACCGAAACGUCUAAUGAUAUGCAAUGCAGACAUCUGCAAAUGAGGAAAUGGAUGGAGCUUGUAUUGGAUAUUUUAUACAGACGAAAAAUUGCUCGGCGGGCAUUCUUGGGAUAUUUGGAGUACUAGACAAAUUUGUUUGACACGGCGUAUAAGAUGGAUAAAGGCAUGGAAAGAAAAUUGGUAUACCCAGGGUUAGCCCUACAAAUUGCGGCUAGUUUUAGGAGUCCUGGUAUUGGUAUCUAUUGGAUCUUUCUCCAAAUUUGUACGACUGUACAGCAGUGUGAAUUCAUCUUCCCAUCCCCAUUAACCCCUCACGCAAUACAAAACCCUCUAAUCCAAGCCCUCCGCCACCGGUGCUGC